UUCAGUGUGAUAUUUUGUGAAGUUGUUGCCAUAUACGGUGUUAUUGUGGCAAUCAUCCUGCAAACAAAGUUGGAGAGUUUUCCUUCUUCACAAAUAUAUGCUCCUGAAUCUCUGAGAGCGGGAUAUGCAAUUUUUGCAUCUGGCAUUAUUGUUGGCUUCGCUAACCUCGUUUACGGGGUGUGUGUGGGAGUCAUCGGAAGCAGCUGUGCACUCUCCAAUGCCCAGAACUCCUCACUCUUUGUCAAGAUUCUUGUGAUUGAAAUCUUCGGUAGUGCUCUUGGGUUGUUUGGAGUGAUUGUGGGCAUUAUCAUGUCUGCUCAAGCAUCAUGGCCUUCCAAAGUGUAA